UGGUUGGAGCUUCGGUAUUAUGAUUCUGCAUUGCAGCUGCUUGGUAAAAUGCCCGUAACGAUUUUCCCUCCUCUGAAAUCCCAUUGGCUGAUCGUUCGGCGACAUCACCACCCCUUAUUUCCCUCCAAGUGGGUUUAUUAAAAUACUCAUUCACAAUCGAUUCGCUCAAAUUUUUAUUGCAUUCAUUGAAUCAUUGAGUCCUUUGGAUUAAAAUAUUGGGAUAAAACUAAAGAGCAGUGGAUACUUCUUUGAGCAUAACAACCACUGAGGAUCCAGGCAAAGCCAUAGCAGAGAGCUCUGUACCCCGUCCUCUCUUUCAAAACCCAUGGAAGGCUAUGACAAUGAACGUCUUGGUUUUGGGAAGAUGGGAUACGGGUACUUCUUUUUCUUCUUCUUCCAUGCUUUGGCUUUUAUUUUUACUGAAUUAAUCGCAUAACGAUUGCUUUGCUAUUAUUGAAUAUUACUCGCUUCCUCCCCCCCCCUUGGAGGGUUCAAUACAGGAGAAGAUGCAAGAUUCGGGCUCCCUGCUGCAACGAACUGUACUCCUGCCGUCAUUGUCAUAACGAGGCUACGAGCAUGUUGAGGAGCCCCUUUGAUAGGCACGAAAUAGUUCGUCAAGAUGUGAAACAAGUUGUUUGUUCAGUUUGUGAUACAGAGCAGCCAGUUGCUCAAGUUUGCACGAACUGUGGCGUCAAAAUGGGAGAAUAUUUCUGCAACACAUGCAAAUUCUUUGAUGCUGAUACGGAGAAACUGUAGUUUCAUUGUGACGAUUGUGGAAUCUGCAGAAUUGGUGGUCGUGAUAAUUUUUUCCACUGCAAUAGAGUUUGGUACUAUCAUAUCUUAUAUAAAGUGCUUGAGUGAUGGGUCUUGCUAUUCACUUGGUCUACUUGAUAAUCAUAUAUGUGUGGAGGACUCCAUGAGGCAUCACUGUCCCAUAUGUUAUGAGUACCUUUUUGAUUCAGUGAAGGACACUGGCGUUGUGAAAUGUGGUCACACAAUGCACUGUGAAUGUUUCAAAGAGAUGAUAAAACGUGAAAAGUAUUGCUGCCCCAUAUGCUCCAAGUCAGCGAUUGACAUGUCCAUGAUCUGGAAGAUGAUUGAUGAAGAGAUUGAAGAAACUCCCAUGCCUGAAGGUUAUCGACACAGGAAGGUCUGGAUACUGUGUAAUGACUGUAAUGAUACAACCGAAGUGAACUUCCACAUAGUUGGGCAAAAAUGUGGGCACUGCAGCUCAUACAAUACUCGUGAAAUUGCUCCAACUGUUCUUCCUCAAUGAUCACAGUGUUAUGCUUCCAGAAGGCAUAUAUUGGCACGCAAGAAAUUAAAGUUAGCCCCUGUUGUAGAUUUUUCUUAUCGAACAAAUACAACAGCAACAUUCAUAGUUUUGUUUUGUUCUCCAGAAACUCUUACUCAGGUUAAUUAUUCACCCCCAAACGUAACUCUUGUGUUAUUCUUCCUCCAUGGAAUGGAGUGAUUGAGUCACUUGGUUUAUAAAAAUCUUCGUAUUGUAUGUAAGACGGAACACUGUUUCCCAAGUCUGAGCCUGCAGCGAGUAAUUGUAUCUCUUAAUGAUGAGAUGGUGGGUUGAUUUGUAAUUCUCAUUAAAUUCAAUUAGCGUUCUAUCA